CCCUAGGCGUCUGGGGAGCUUUCCUCCCGACCUGGCCGCUCGCUGCCCAGCCCUCUGCACCCCACUUCUCUUACCCUUCUCCUUUCUAAUCCUGCCUGCCUCUACUCUGGCCCCCAAGAGCAGGAUUGAGCUCAGCCCCGCUAAGCAGCUGUUGCUAGUGUCUCAGCCUCGCCUCGGGUCUUGGUGCUCUGCCGGGGGUCCCCCAAGGAUCCUGUGCGCGCUGCGGACCCGGAGGGAGGCGCCGCUCAGUCGGUCCUCCUCCUCCUCUUUUUCCUCCUCCUCCUGCUUCGGCCGCUGCUGCCGCUGAUGGUGCCUGGUCCGUGCGCACCUCAACAUCCCAACUAGCCCGGCCUCGGGGCACAUCUCCAGACUUUGAUUUGGCUGAAGUAACUCAUGCCACAGAGCUGUACGUAUGCCGGGAACUGAGAGACACGAACUGCUUCCUGCCUUUUGAAAACUCCAGAAAAACUAUCCCUCAGACUCUGGAAUUCUGUACAUCUCAAGCGAGAACGUUUACAUUUUCUGCUUACUGUCUUACAUAUCACUAUAUAGUAUUAAUGUUUUGUUAAAACUUAGGAGUGUCAGGAGUUGAACUUACUUAGUGAGCCAGCAUGGCUAGGAUGAGCUUUGUUUUAACGAUUUGCCAACUGGUGCUGAGCUUGCUAACGACUUCAUUAACUGAGUCUUCCAUACAGAAUAGUGAGUGUCCACAACUUUGUGUAUGUGAAAUUCGUCCCUGGUUUACCCCACAGUCAACAUACAGAGAAGCCACCACCGUUGAUUGCAAUGAUCUCCGCUUAACAAAGAUUCCCAGCAACCUUUCUAGUGACACACAAGUGCUUCUCUUACAGAGCAAUAAUAUUGCAAAGACAGUGGAUGAACUUCAGCAGCUUUUCAACCUGACUGAGCUAGAUUUCUCCCAAAACAACUUUACAAAUAUCAAGGAGGUAGGGUUGGCAAACCUGACCCAGCUCACUACUCUGCAUUUGGAGGAAAAUCAGAUUACAGAGAUGACUGAUUACUGUCUGCAGGACCUCAGCAACCUUCAAGAACUCUACAUCAACCACAACCAGAUUAGUACUAUUUCUGCUAAUGCUUUUUCUGGCUUAAAAAAUCUUUUAAGGCUCCACCUGAACUCCAAUAAAUUGAAAGUUAUUGAUAGUCGCUGGUUUGAUUCUACACCCAACCUGGAAAUUCUCAUGAUUGGGGAAAAUCCUGUGAUUGGAAUUCUAGAUAUGAACUUCAAGCCUCUCUCAAAUUUGAGAAGCUUAGUUUUGGCAGGAAUGUAUCUCACUGAUAUUCCUGGAAAUGCAUUGGUAGGUUUGGAUAGCCUCGAGAGCCUAUCUUUUUAUGAUAACAAACUGGUUAAAGUCCCUCAACUUGCCUUGCAAAAAGUUCCAAAUUUGAAAUUCUUAGAUCUCAACAAAAACCCCAUUCACAAAAUCCAAGAAGGUGACUUCAAAAAUAUGCUUCGGUUGAAAGAACUAGGAAUCAACAAUAUGGGAGAACUGGUCUCUGUGGAUCGCUAUGCCCUGGAUAACUUGCCUGAACUCACAAAACUAGAAGCCACCAAUAACCCCAAACUAUCUUACAUCCACCGCCUGGCUUUUCGAAGCGUUCCUGCCUUGGAAAGCUUGAUGUUGAACAACAAUGCCUUGAAUGCCGUUUACCAAAAGACAGUAGAAUCUCUACCCAAUCUGCGUGAGAUCAGCAUCCACAGCAACCCUUUGAGGUGUGAUUGUGUCAUCCACUGGAUUAACUCCAAUAAGACAAACAUCCGCUUCAUGGAGCCGUUAUCCAUGUUCUGUGCCAUGCCCCCCGAAUAUAAAGGGCAGCAGGUUAAAGAGAUUUUAAUCCAGGAUUCAAGUGAACAGUGCCUCCCAAUGAUCUCUCACAACACUUUCCCAAAUCGUUUAAACAUGGAUAUCGGCAUGACGGUUUACCUGGACUGCCGGGCCAUGGCUGAGCCAGAACCUGAAAUUUACUGGGUCACUCCCAUUGGAAAUAAGGUAACUGUGGAAACCCUUUCAGAUAAAUACAAACUAAGUAGUGAAGGUACCUUGGAAAUAUCUAACAUACAAAUUGAAGACUCGGGUAGAUACACAUGUGUUGCCCAGAAUGUCCAAGGGGCAGACACUCGAGUGGCAACAAUUAAGGUUAAUGGAACCCUGCUAGAUGGUACCCAGGUGCUGAAAAUAUAUGUCAAGCAGACAGAAUCUCAUUCCAUUUUAGUGUCCUGGAAGGUUAAUUCCAAUGUCAUGACAUCGAACUUAAAAUGGUCAUCCGCUACCAUGAAGAUUGACAACCCCCAUAUAACAUAUACCGCCAGGGUCCCAGUAGAUGUUCAUGAAUACAAUCUAACACAUCUCCAGCCUUCCACUGAUUAUGAAGUGUGUCUCACUGUUUCCAAUAUUCAUCAGCAAACUCAAAAGUCAUGUGUAAAUGUCACAACCAAAAAUGCUGCCUUCGCGCUGGACAUCUCUGAUCAAGAAACCAGCACAGCCCUUGCUGCCGUCAUGGGGUCCAUGUUUGCCAUCAUUAGCCUUGCGUCCAUUGCGGUGUACAUAGCCAAAAGAUUUAAGAGAAAAAACUACCACCAUUCAUUAAAAAAGUAUAUGCAAAAAACCUCUUCAAUCCCACUAAAUGAGUUGUACCCCCCACUCAUUAACCUCUGGGAAGGGGACAGCGAAAAAGACAAAGAUGGUUCUGCAGACACCAAGCCAACCCAAGUCGACACAUCCAGAAGCUAUUACAUGUGGUAACUCAGUGGACAUUUUGCUUCUGGUAGUAAGGAGCACAAAGACGUUUUUGCUUUAUUCUGCAAAAGUAACAAGUUGAAGACUUUUGUAUUUUUGACUUUGCUAGAUUGUGGCAGAGUGGAGAGGAUGGGUGGAUAUUUCAAAUUUUUUUAGUAUAGCGUAUCGCAAGGGUUUGACACGGCUGGCAGUGACUCUAGGCUUCCAGUUUGUGUUUGGUUUUUAUUCUUAUCAUUAUUAUGAUUAUUAUGAUUAUAUUAUUAUUAUUAUUUUAUUUUAUUUUAGUUGUGCUAAAUUCAAUAAUGCUGUUCUAACUACAAUGCUCAAUAAAAUGAUUAAUGACAGGUUGGGGUUCCCCUGUGCUUUUACCAGUAGUGUAACCCCUUAUUCUGAAGCCAUCAGAAAGUAUCAUGUCCUCCAAAAAGCUAAUCUACAGUUUUUAAGCAGCACUGAAUAUUUUGUGGCAACCUGGUCUAUAGACUUUCAACUCAAGAAGCUAAGGCUAGGCUUGUUAUCUUUGUUGAACAAUUUUAGUUGGCUGUACUGUAACGUUGUAUCAACUGAAUUGAAUGUUUGCCUUUGAACAAUGACUUUUCUUUUUCUCUUCUUUUUCCUUUUUUUUUGGUAAUAGUUCAAGAGGCUUAGGUCAAGUUAACAGGCAAUAGAAAUAAGUAUAUCAGAUUUUUUAAUGUAACAAACUACAUGUUGAUUGUUACCUUAUUGUUUUUAUCUUUAGUAGCCACUUUGAAAAGACAAUAAUUUUGUUGUGUUUAACUCACCGACAUGUGGUGUAUAAUGAAAACAGAACUAUAAUAAAUUAGUUUUGUUCUGAUUUUUUAGAACACUUGCACUAAUGUAUCAUUUAUAGUUCUUGCUAGUUGUAGUGGUGAUAUUUCUCACAUUCGUAAAAACGAGCAAAGUAAAUCAGCUAUAGCAUGUUGCUUUUUAAAGCCAGGCCCUAAAAAGUUUUGAAUUCCUUUUCUAAGGGAAGAAAGAUCUAUUUUAAUUAAGAUAUUUUAAUGAACAGGAUUUUUAUAUUUUAAAUAUUGCUGACCAGAACCUAAUAGGGAAGGGGAUUCAAAUGAAAAUAAAAGGUGUAUCAUUGUAUAUCAUGUAUAACUAAACAUGCUAAACACACACACACACACACACACACACACACAAACACACACACACACUGAAUAUGUCAUAUUCCUUUCCUGUAAGGGUUUUGUUAAAGCCUGAUAUUUUCUUUGUAGUAGCCACAUUCUCCAUUAAAGUAUAAAUCAACAUCUUACGAAGUGUUCCAAAAUGUAUGAAAUGUUAUUCUUUUUUUUUAACAGUUGUCUAUAUGCUUAAACCUAUAUCAAUGUAAAUAUCAGUGUGGUGAUACUGGCUGAGAUAAGUAAAUGAUUAAUAGGAAACAGAACAACUUCUGCACAGUUGGCAUUUUUCAUCCAAAUAAGUAGAGACAGUUUUGCAGAAUUAAGUGUUUCAAGAUGACACAGGAAAUAUGUGUAUAAAAUUUAGAACAGAAGGAGCUAGGUUUAGGUAGAAGACGGUUUCACAAAGGUAGAGGAAGAGGAUUUAGAAGUAUAAGCAGAGGAGAGAGGAUCCAUUUCAAAAUUUGAAUUGAUAAGGCAGAGAAAUAAAAACUAUUCCAGAUGGCAGCUACUGGCAGGGACUCACUGUCACACCAAGAAUGAUGAGACCAUAAAGAGACCAUAAAAAGGGAUGGAGAAGGAGCAGGUGCCAGCUGAGCAAAGUCAAGAGGGAAGCAGAAAGGAAGUCCAGAUGAGUGAGGCUGAGGAGUCUCUUUGUCAAUUCCUUGUUUAAUGAAUAAAUUUGAAAGAAAAAAAAUCAUUUUCUUUCCCACUUAUAUUGGGGGAAAAUAACUUUAGAUGCUGAAACCAGUGAGCCACAAUAGAAAAACAAUAAGAAACUGAGACAGAAGGCAGAAGCAUUCCUACCCACUGCCUUUAUUCCUGUUUGGGAAAAACAGCCCCACGAGAGAGCCUGGGUCAGAUUCUUAAUACCCAUUCAGUACUCUUCUCUACUGGUUACUCUGUGCCCAACAGCCUUCUAGAAGCCAUUCAGGACUCUUUUAUGUUCUGAACAACCUCUGGUGCCCCUGCUUCAAAAAUACAGUAUAUUCUCUUCUGUUUCUCUGUGUCUUUCUGCUGAGCGCAUGCACCCUAUAGCAAAAACCUCUCCAAAAAAGGAAAAAUAUAUAUAUAGUAUAUUCUCAAGUUUCCAUUUACUCAGGAUACAUUUUAGCACAAGGGCAGACAAGAAGGUCUGGAAAUUGCCUACAUGCAGUGAGAGUACUGCCAGGUACAUUUGGGAAACAGAGGCUUAGAUGUGAUGUGGAUGCAGCUGUGGGACAUUUCCUGUUGGGGAAGAAAGUAGUGGGCUGUUGAACAACUUCCCUUCUAUCUGCAAGCCAUGAAAGGGUUAAUACCAAAGUACUAGACCCAUGGCAUCUUUUAGCUGCAGAAGGAGGGAGUGUUAUCCCAUGGAGCAAUGAAUAAUGUGAAUCUGGCACAGACAGGCACUUCAACAUUGGUGGAAGAAUAUUCAACUAUUUCUCCAUUCCAAAUAUUUAGCAACUAUAGGGAAAUCUUGUGUUUUGUGUGCUCUGUUUGAGUUUGGUUUUGCAACAUCUUUUCCUAGGCCAAUUUGGAUGGAAACAUCCAUUUUACUUUUCCCUCCUCCAAUAAAAUGGUGGAGCUUUUUUUUUCCCCUUGUCUGUGCUAACGGGUUUCUUUUCAGUUGCUAGAAGGCGAAGUGCUUUUCCUAGCCAAGGAGUUCCUCAUUUGUACCUAAUUUAAUGUGAAAAGUUAGA